AGAAACGCACUCUAGUCACUCCUAAUCACUGUCAACUAUCAACGGCCGUGAUUGAGAGCGUCCCGCGACUACAAACAAUUGUCUCUUCUUUUCAUGAGAAGUUUGGAGUUGUUGUCAAACUUGGACCUUAUAAGUCAACACUGGAUUUACAUUUGAAGAAAAAGAAGAUAUUUUUAUGUCAGCGUAAAGUGGAAUACUUAUCAAAUCUUCACAAGGAAAUUCUAAACGUCACAAGGAAUCGCAAGAAUGUUUCUUUAUGAACUUGUCGCACACGUCAACAUAUGUUUUGUAACUUUAUAAACUAAAACAUGCAGCUUCUUGGUGCAUUUAGUAAGCAGAACAUGUCUCUCUUGUAAAAGCGUUCAGAGGACGACUUGGGAAUUGUUUCUCUUCUAUCCCAGUAAAGUUCUGCUGCUGUUUCGUUUUUGUUUUUUGUUUUUACCCAAAACUGAAUCUAACCUCAGUUUAAACUCGUUUCAUCAUCGGCCCACAAGGGCUUGGUCGACUUCAGUCAUGAACGUGCCAAGGUGCUCUGGAGUUUGCGCUAUGAUGAGACUUCUGGCUCUGCUUAUACAUGUUUUGUCAACGACAGCAAAGAGACACGUUGUAUACUGGAACUCUACAAACACACGGUUAACAGGAGAUGAUUACUCUGUCCAGGUCAAUCUGAGUGAUUAUCUGGAUAUACUGUGUCCCCACUAUCCUGCCGACCACCCGACGAGCGGCCCUGUGGAGACUCUGGCUCUCUACCUGGUGGCUCAGCACCAAUUCAGGGGCUGCGUGGAGACUAAAGAUGCCAUUAAGAGAUGGGAGUGUAACCAGCCAUAUGCUCCCUAUGGCCCUGUCAGAUUCUCUGAAAAGAUCCAGCGCUUCACACCCUUCUCCCUGGGCUUUGAAUUCCUUCCUGGAAACCAUUACUACUAUAGCUCACUAUCCACAGACGAUGGACCCCCCCUCCCUUGUAUGAAACUACGAGUCACUGUGUGCUGUUCACCAACAACAGCUGGAUCAUCAAGACAAGAAGGGUCCCAGAGUCUGGAGGAAGAGAGGAGAGGCACACAAUCCAUGUUG